AUGAGUAAGUUGCAGAGCGACGCCCUGAGGGAGGCAAUCACAAACAUUAUCAAUGACUGCCGUGAGAAGAACCGCAAGUUCGUUGAAACCAUUGAGCUGCAGAUUGGUCUGAAGAACUAUGACCCGCAAAAGGACAAGCGUUUCAGUGGUUCUGUCAAGCUUCCUCACAUCCCUCGCCCAAAGAUGAGGGUUUGCAUGCUUGGUGAUGCCCAGCACGUUGAAGAGGCAGGGAAAAUGGGCCUAGACUGCAUGGAUGUGGAAUCCCUUAAGAAGAUGAACAAAAACAAGAAGCUGGUCAAGAAGCUUGCAAAGAAGUAUCAUGCUUUCCUUGCAUCUGAGGCUAUUAUUAAGCAGAUUCCCCGACUUCUUGGACCUGGUCUUAACAAGGCAGGAAAGUUUCCAACUUUGGUGUCUCACCAGGAAUCCCUUGAGUCCAAGGUUAAUGAGACCAAGGCCACAGUCAAGUUCCAGUUGAAAAAGGUGCUUUGCAUGGGUGUUGCCGUUGGCCACCUGGGUAUGGAGGAGAAGCAGAUCUUCCAGAACGUGCAGAUGAGCGUCAACUUCCUCGUCUCUCUGUUGAAGAAGAACUGGCAAAACGUGAGAUGCUUGUACCUGAAGAGCACGAUGGGGAAGGUGUACCGGUUGUUCUAG